AUGUCUAGCCAACCGCUUCGGACCAUACCCCGGCGUGCUGCGCUAUGUGCUGCGCUAUGUGCUGCGAAAGCUCCGACGGCCCCCGCGGCCUGUUUCCGCAUCCCAUACCAGCAUAGAAACAACUCUACAUCGGCACAAACGAAAGCAAAUGAGGGUUCAGAUAAUGGGCAUUCCGAAGAGGAGAACGAAGGAGCCAUGUCACGUCGCCUCUCGCAGAUGACUGAGGAUGCAAUGCUCGAAGGUGGACGAACGGCGCAACGCAAUAUUGAACAUGCGGGAUUCUCGGAGGAACUAAAAAGAGAGCUCGAAGAGCGAGUCAAAGCUGCCUCAUUUAAGAGUGAAAAUGCGGCUGCCCACUCCAUCCUCAAUAUGCCGGCGAGUGCAGGACAAGGCACCCGAGAGACAGCUGCGGCCCCGGCAUGGACAGGAACCGAAAGCCUUGCAGACUCAGCGCUGCGCAUGUUAGACGACGCGAGCAAACCGAUCCGCAGGCCCUAUAAAAUACCUCAGCCCGUUGACCUUCGCCCGGCGCCGAAAGUAAAACAUACGCCUGGUUCUCGUCUAGCCAAGGCUAAAGAACAGACUUCGGCAUAUGCGAUGAGCAAGAGCGCCGGUCUCACAGAAGAAGAGCGAAAUGAAAUGCGCCGCGAGAUGCGAGAUAUGCUAUCCCCAGGCGCCCACGAAAUGCCCAUAUCCAUUGGAGGCCUCACGUCGCUUGCGAACCAACGGAUUGACGAUGCUAUCGCACGAGGGCAAUUCAAAAAGAUCCCUCGGGGAAAGGGUGUCAACACCGAGACCGAUUAUAAUGCCAAUAGCGCCUUUAUUGAUACGACCGAUUAUUUCAUGAAUAAGAUCAUCCAGAGGCAGGAGAUUGUUCCUCCAUGGAUCGAAAAGCAACAGGAAAUCUUGACGGAACUCAACCGGUUCCGGCAGCGUAUUCGUGCUGAAUGGAGGCGGCAUGCGGCGAGAUUAAUCGCGUCUCAAGGAGGGUCUUUGGAAGAUCAGAUGAGAAGGGCUCGCGCACACGCUGCCGCGGAAGUACGAUUAGAGGAAAAGGCACGAAUAGAAGCAGAAUUAAGCGACACCAGCCCUGCGGAGGAACCUUCAUCCUCAGAAAUCAAACGCGAUGGCCGGAUCGCGUCAAGUCAACCCUCUGGGCCAGCUGGACACACUUCUGAAGAAGCGGAGUCGCUUCCGCAUCUUCCUCCGCUGCGAGACCCAGAUUACAUGUCGAUCGAACGAUCAUACCACGAGCUGUCAGUGCAGAAGCUUAACAGUCUCAUUAGAUCCUACAAUCUUCAGGCACCGCGUUCAGCACAAAAACCUUAUAUCAGUCUCGACCGAGAAUUGAGGGCCUGUUAUGCGGAGGUUGCGCCAGGGCUAGCUGAGGAGAUCCGGCGACGUACAACGGAACGAGCCCGUGGACCAGUCGCUUCCUCAUCUCCUUCGAGUAUCCUUGGCUCUCUUGGCCCUGGGCCCUCGGUGACUGUGUAUGAGGAGGAUAAGGCCAAGGGGUAUGGCAUGAAGGAAUUCUGGCGAGACCUCUUUGCCAAAGAUAAAAAUUGA